AUGGCAAGAUGGCUUUUGGCUCUAGCAGAAUAUGACAUCACUUGUGUUACUCCCAAGGCUAUUAAGAGCCAAGCACUUGCAGACUUACUGGCCCAAUUCCCAUCUGGUGAACAUGAACCUGCAGAGGUAUCUCUACCAGGUGUGGUCCAUGACUCAGCAGCUGUAGUUGAGGCUUAUUGGGACUUAAAAUUUGAUGGAGCUUCGGGAGCUGAGAAAGGCGGAGCUGGCAUAACACUAACCAGUGAAGAAGGAGAGAAAUUUCAUCUAUCAUAUAAGCUUGAUUUUGAAUGUUCAAACAACGAGGCUGAACAUGAGGCGUUGAUACAGGGUCUAAUUGUUGCCCAAAAGAAGAGACUCCGCAAGUUGAAAAUUUUGGGCGCCUCCGAGUUAGUUGUCAGGCAAACAAUGGGUGAUUUCGCCUUAAAGGAGCCUCUGUUUGGCCCGUAUCGCACCGUGGUUCAAGGAUUGCUCACUCAAUUUGAUGAUGUCCAAAUCCAGCAUACCCCGAACACACAACCGUUUCCCCGAUGCCUUGGCUACACUGGAGGCAAAGGUGGAUAUAUCAAAUGA